AACACAGGCCGAUGUCCAUUCAGGCAGUACAUGCCCAACAAACCGGCCAGGUACGGGCUCAAGAUAUGGGUCGCCUGCAAUGCCAGGUCCAGCUACGCGUGGCAGAUGCAAAUGUACCUGGGAAAACCCGACAAACGAGGUCCACCGGAGAAGAACCUGGCUUGUCGCGUUGUCAUGGACCCGACGCAGAGGCUGGGUUCGGGUCAGACCGUGACGUGCGACAACUUUUUCACCUCGCGUCAGCUGGCGGUCCGCCUCUUCAGGGAAUGAGGACUCGCCAUCCUCGGCACCCUUCGGCGCAACAGACCCGAAAUACCCCCAGAAAUGCACGAUUGCAAAGGCA